UUUUAGCCUGAUCACGUCAAUGAAGAUGUUUCCCUCCUUCGCUUUUCUUCAUUCCUUGAGGGGCGUCUCGUAAGGAAUACACACAUACUGCGUGGUAAACCAAUGAGAACGAAAUCCAAGGCAAGAGGGACGCGACGCCAGGCGCCGACGGUAUCUGUAAACAUACAACGAUAAUAAUAAUAAAAAUCCAGCUGUCACAUUAACUUUAGGGGGACAUGAGAGAAACCCCGGGAAUGCGAAGGAGCGCUCACAGGCGAAUCAAUUUAAGAGUAGGGUUAAAGCUGAUCGUAAUAAAAAUGGUAUGUUUCGUGUACCAUUUUACCCUUUCCGCCGGACACUUUGGGAGAAGGAGGAAGAAAAAAAAGAGGGAGAGGGAGAUAUCGCACCGAUCUAGAGUCGUUCAUGGUUAUUGGCAAGCGGGAAUGCACCACAAGACGCCUAUUCGGAGCAUGUCUUUGGUUGGUACGGAGCGAGGUCCGCGUUUUAAAGCCGUCUCUCUCUUCUCGCGGGAACAAUGUUGGGCCAUCGGCGAAAGCGCGCGAUUCCCUGCGUAUGGGGAGAUUUCGCAGCAUCGUGCUUUACGUAGGUUACAUAUGUAUUUACGGGGGGCGGUUACGUGCAAUUCUCGUCCCAGAACCUCUUCGGCUUUUGGCGAUGGGGCCACACUCCCGUUGCCCGUUGCCCGUGUGAGGACCCAGGGUGUCGGUGAAACAGCAAAGCAAAUCCGGCACACAACGGCCGGGUCGGGCAGCAGUGGUGGUUGCGCCAUGGCUGGAGCAGGAUCUAGAAGGUCAGAAGAAUAUUAAACAAUCUAAGCUGCUGCGAAGCUAGCAGUCAAAGAGCGUCUCCGUCCCUAUAUUUGCAUACGCCUUCCAUU